AUGAACAAUUUCCAGGGAGGAGUGACCUUCGAGGAUGUCACUGUGAACUUCACCAAGGGGGAGUGGCAGCGGCUGAAUCCCGAACAGAGAAACUUGUACAGGGAUGUGAUGCUGGAGAAUUACAGCAAUCUUGUCUCUGUGGGACGAGUGGAAACCACCAAACCCGACGUGAUCUUGAGGUUGGAGCAAGGAAAGGAGCCAUGGUUGGUGGAAGAGGAAGUGCUGAGAAAUGGCCGUCCAGAAAAAAACGGGGACGUUGGAGGACAGAUUUGGAAGCCCCAGGAUGUGAAAGAGAGUCUCGCAAGAGAAGUCCCACCAAUCAAUAAGGAAAUGCUGACUACGCAGAAAGCCGUAGAACGUACCGGAUCUAAGAAAAUACUUGAACUGGGCAUAGAUAAUGUUUCUUCUUUGAAAAGCUAUGUACAAAAUGAUUCUCACAACGAUAAUGGAUACAGAAAAUUAGUUGGUGAGAAUCCAUCCAAAUUUGUAGGAAACCAGCUUAAAUGUGAUGCCUGCAGAAAGUCAUUCGGUUCAGAGUCGCGCCUUCAGAGUCAUCUGAGGCGGCAUGCUGGUCAGAAAUCCUUUGAAUGUCGUCGCUGUGGAAGAGCAUUCGGGGAGAAGUGGAAGCUUGAUAAACAUCAGAAAACGCAUGCAGAGGCCAGGCCCUAUAAAUGUGAGAAAUGUGGAAACACCUACAAGCAGAAGUCAAAUCUCCUUCAACAUCAGAGAGUGCAUACUAAAGAGAAACCCUAUCAAUGUAAGACAUGUGGAAAAGCCUUUUCUUGGAAAUCAUCCUGCAUUAAUCAUGAGAAAAUUCAUAAUGCCGAGAAAUCCUAUCAGUGUCAUGAAUGUGAGAAAUCCUUCAGGCAGAACUCAACCCUCCUUCAACAUAAAAAAGUUCACACUGGACAAAAACCCUUUCAGUGUCCGGACUGUGGAAGGGCUUUCAUUUACAAGUCAGAUCUUGUGAAACACCAGAGAACACACACGGGAGAGAAACCCUAUAAAUGUAGCGUAUGUGAGAAGGCCUUUUCCCAGAAAUCCAAUGUCAUCGAUCAUGAGAAAAUUCACACUGGGAAGAGAGCUUACGAGUGUGAUCUAUGUGGAAAUACCUUCAUCCAGAAGAAAAACCUCAUUCAACAUAAAAAAAUCCAUACUGGGGAAAAGCCCUAUGAGUGUAAUAAAUGUGGAAAAGCCUUCCUUCAGAAGUCAAACCUUCACACCCAUCAGAAGACUCACAGCGGAGAGAGGACCUACAGAUGUAGUGAAUGUGGAAAAACCUUCAACCGGAAAUUAAACCUUAGUUUGCAUAAAAAAACCCAUACUGGACAAAAACCUUAUGAAUGUUCCGAAUGUGGUAAAGCCUUUGCUGACAAGUCAUACCUUGUUAGGCACCAGAAAAGAAUUCACUCCAGAUAG